AUAUAAAAUAAUAUUUAACAAGUAAUUUUUGGUUGUCAGUUUCUAAGUUUGUCACUUGCCACUUGUUAUUUUCAAUUUUGUUUGUUUACUAUUAGGUACUAUUACUAUAUUAGUACAAUAAUAAUAGUAAUUAUGUCGUGGCAAAAAAAAAAAUAGUUCAACGGUGUGGAAAUAUUUUAAGAAGGAUACAAAUAACCAAAAUGAAGCGCAGUGCUUAAUUUGUAAAAGUACUUACAAAAGGUCAAAUGGAACAUCGAAUUUGAUGGAACAUUUAAAAAGAAAACAUAUGGGCAUUUUAGACCGUGAUAAUAUGCUUCUACAAAGCCAGGAACAGGGGAGCAUUGACGAGCCAGGAACGUCUAUAGGAUCCCAACAUUCCCAACCACAAAGUACUUCGCCCAACCUACCGGUCAGUUAUUUUAGUACCAACAACAAUUGUAAUGAGCCUACAAUGGCAACAACUGAAUCUGAGCCACCUUUAAAGAAACAAAAACAACUUGUAUUGUCAAAUAGUUUACAGCGAGGACUUUUCCAACUGGUUUGGAUACAUCAACCUCUGGAAGGUUUCAGAAACAUGAGUUAUGUUGUUUAGUUAAAUACAAUUUUAGGUUAAGUAUAUAAAUAGGGUAAAAGUAUAUUACAACAAAAAGUAUCAUAUUUUAAAUAUUUUUAUUUUGAAAAAAUUAUUAGCACCUAAUUGCCAAAUCAAAUAACUGAUAUUUUAGUUAUCAGAAAAAAUAUUAAUUCAACUGGUUUGAAUGAUAGUUAUUACUAGAGCAAGGAUUUUCGUGCACUUAAAAAUCAUCAUAUUAUAUGCAUUUAAAAAUAUGCAGUUAAAUAUUAUGUCCUCAAAAAAAUGUAUA